GGGAGGGAGGGAGGGAGGGAGAGAGAGAGAUUUUCUGUGUUUUCGCUUUGGUUUAAAACAUAGGAAGAAAACAGCGAGCAGCCUCGCCGCCCACUGAAACACGGCGACGCGCGCAUCAACCGCCGCCGCCGCUGCCCUGAUUAGAAAUCCGCGGAGGAGCGGAUGAGAGCAGACGCCCGCAGACAGGCAGACAUUCAGGGGGAGGACUGCUGCUGCCAUCCGACAGAGGAACUAACAAAAGAUGGAUGACCAUGCUGCCGCCAAAGAGCUGUGACGUCGCCUUGAAGUUGUGGACGUUGGUGGACGGUGUGUUUUCUUAACUUGGAGUUGUGCAACCUUUCUACUAGACCUGUUUGACCUACUUUAACUGCUGUUGUCUGCCAGUUAAUACCAUAAGAGACCACCUACCCAUCUUUAAAAGAAGUAAUGGAGACUCUUUGCCAAGACUCCAUUCUGGAGUGCCAGAUCUGCUUUAACUACUACAGCCCCCGCCGGCGGCCCAAACUCCUGGAUUGCCGUCACACGUGCUGCUCGGUGUGUUUGACCCAGAUGCGCAGCAGCCAGAAGGAGAUUCGUUGUCCCUGGUGCCGCAGCGUCACUAAGCUCCCGCCGGGCCUGUCCGUCUCCCAGCUCCCGGACGACCCGGACAUCAUCACCGUCAUCGCCAUCCCUCAUGCCUCCGAGCACACGCCGGUCUUCAUCCGCCUGCCCAGCAACGGCUGCUACAUGCUGCCGCUGCCCCUCUCCAAGGAGCGGGCGCUGGGCCUCCCCGGGGAGCUUGGAUGUCGUUUCUUGCCUGGCGGCCAGCAGAAGGGGGUGACCGUGGUGACCAUGCCCGAGCAUCAGCCUCUGGGCCUGGCCAUGAGUCUGGAGGGGAUGGGGAUGGGGCUGGAGGUAGGCGAGGGAGAGAGGAGAGUUAAUGGCCCGGUGGGGGGAGGAGGAGGGAAGGGCUCCACGUGGUCCGGCGUGUGCACGGUGAUCCUGGUGGCGUGCGUGCUGCUCUUCCUCCUGGGCAUCGUGCUGCACAACAUGUCCUGCAUCUCCAAACGCUUCACUGUCAUCUCCUGCGGCUGAGGGCGGGGGGGAGGCUGCUCGGACUUCCGCGGAACCCCCCCCCCCCCCCCCCCCCCCCCCCCCCUGGAAUUCCCCUAAGAGCCCCGCCUCUCCUCAAAGACGGGACUCUGCUGAGGAGAGGGGACGAAACUCACCAUGGGCAUCCAAGGAAACUACAGAGCAACCUAAGAAGAUUGGAGAUGAAGAAGAAGAGGGCAGGGAGGCGAUCCAUGUACAGUCUGCCAUUGUGUCCCAUUUCCUUUUAUUUGGGAGACUGAAAUUAAGAUGGAAAUAAAGAUGCAAACCUUCACUUUCCUCUUUCCCGCCCUGAAACUCCCGCCCUUUUCCUGUCCUUCCUUUUUCUCCGAAAGAACGCUUUGGGAAUUACUCCAGAAAAGUGCGUUUGCCCAGCUGAUAUGUUGUUUUUUGCCCAGCUGAUAUGUUUUGGCUCGGGGCCGACGUGACACUCGCUCACAAUCACAGCCGUUGGAUUGCCUGUUUUAGUCUGUGGUUGGUAGAAGUACAUCAGUUUUCAUCGUGUUGUUUCGCUUGGUGUCGGUUCCAAGUGCGGCGUCUCCAGCUGGUGCCGCAGUAACGAAGGGUUUUCGGACUUGGCUGCGCUCUGUCCUCUUGAUGCUGCAGGGAUUAACUGUGCAGGAUCCACGUCUGGCUCCGUCUGAAUCAUCGGUGGAACUCUGUUCAGAACAAACUGUUGCUCCGUGUAGUUAGUAAAAGGAUCAUAUCACAGGCCUCAUCUAAAAACACGGGUAGUGAAAAAAUUAACUUGUUUUACAGCUUCUUUCCUGUAAACUCUACAUCAUUGGGUUUUGGACUAACAGUUGGGCAACACAACUAAUUUGAAGACGUCACUUGGGCUCUCAAACCUUGGGAUGGUCACUGUGUUCUGAAAAUAUAAAUCCUUGCUAAAUGAAAAUUUGAAGAAAUAACUGAUUAACUGGUCGUGAAAGUGAUCGCUUUCUGUCCUGUUUUGAAUAUAGUGGGAAAACUAAGUGCAGCCUUCUAGUAGGGCGCUAGCUGCCAAAGAUUUAUCAAAGGCUAUCUGAAACAAAAGAAUCGUUCAAAAUACUGUAUUUAGCAUUUAAGACAUCUUAAAAGGAAUAGUUUGAUAUUUUGGGAAAUACACUUAUUCGCAUUCUGUCCGAGAAUUAGACAAGAAGAUCGGUACCACUCUCAGACGCUCUAGAACCAGGAGGCCGUUAGCUUAGCUUAGCUUAGGUGUAUCUUACGUUUUUACAAGAUAAAACAUGUUACAGUAAUUUGUGAGCUUUAGCUGUAUUUUGUAAGUAUGUUUUUUUUAACUUGGAAGAGAGCCGGGCUAACUAUUUCCCCCUGCUCCCAGUCUUUAGGCUAAGCUAAUCUAAGCUAAUCGCCUCCUAGCGAUAGCUCUGUAUUGGUACUGAUAUCCUGGCGAGAAAGCGCAAUGUCAAACUAUUUCUUUAAAUAUAUAGAAUUAAAUUGGAGAUGGAAGACGACACUCUUGUUCUUUCUGCUUUGUUUCUCUUUGGCGGUAUGUUUUCCCACGAUCUCUCAUCGAUUAUGGUUCACUGCCCGUCUACUUUUUUAACCCCGACCUGCAGACCUCCAUCGUCCUCCAUCGUCCCCCCCCCCCCACACACACACACACACACACACCGUCGACACCCUUCAUGAGUAAUGGGUCAUUAACGGGUCAGGAGUGGGCGGAUGCUGCAGGGUUCCAGUUAAUGACGACCGUAUCGAUUGAUCUGCUUUUGAAUAUCUCUUGCAUCCGCAGAGAUGGAUGCUUCUCUUCUCUUCUUUUCUUUCUUCACUUUUCUAUGUUGAGGCAAGCAAGUCGUCUGUUUACUGUACCGCUGAUGCAAUGGAGUGUACAGUGCACACAAACAGGGUGAACUCUUUUGUACUCGUCAUGUACAGAAUGAUUGUAAUUUUAUUUGUCUUAUUUUCUAAUAACUUUCUUUUGUUGACAUGUUUGACCCGGUUAGUAUUAAGAAGUGAGAUGAGGCUCUCAGAGAUGGCAUGACACAAUAUAAAGAAAGAAAGUGAUUGGUCAUUAUUUGGUAUUAAUAAGUAUAUAAAGAAUUAUAUACUUAAUACCAAACUGCUAUGUAUAAAUACGUUCUGUAUAUCCACUUGUUUGCUCACAAAUAAUUCCUAGAUUUAUUUAAUGUAUCACUGAAGAUUUUUCUAUAAAACGACUUUUUAUUAUUAUUUUCAAAUCUAUUUUUAUUUCCCAUAUCAGCAUGAAUUUACUUUAAAAAAGAGCAGAACUUGUACUUCAUCAUUUUUUAGAUUUUGCAUCUCAUAUCAGCACGACUUCACCGCCUUCCACCAAACAAACGUCUGAGAUUUCUUCGGACAUUUAAAUCAGACUUUAAAUAAAAGAACAAGAAGAAGAGCAGAACAUUUGGCAGCUUCAGGCUUCACAUUCUGUUGUGAAAGCGUUCGGGGCUACGAUAGGACGACUGCUUGAUGUGCAGAUGCAGUGAGAGUUAAGUUCAGCUGAACCGGUUCACGUGGGACGUAUACUUGCCGGUUGCAGCUCCUGCUGUUGCUAUGAGACUGUGCUGAACGUCCCCUUUUGAAGUGCUGCGCCGCUUAGCUGCAAGUUGAAAUAUUUUUAGCUCCGAGCACUCGGGCGCUCUGCGGACUCUAAAAAAAACAAAAAAAACUUGUUAAUUUCUCAGCACUUGAAGUUGAAGCGUUUUUUUCUGGCUUCACCCGAUAUAACUCCCAGUUUAAACAAAGAACAAAGUGCAUGAACCGUUCUUCAUGAGAUCUUGAUGAAGACUACGUGACCUCUUUUAAUAAGGCGUUCUUUGUACUUGGUUUAUACAUUCUAAAUUAUUACUUAAUGCUUUAUAAAUCUGUAUUAAUCCAUUCAUAGGAUGUGUUUGGCUGGUGAAGCUCUAAAUCUUAAAGUGACAGUGGACUACCCCGUCUGUCAGUGUGUUAUUACUGAUCUAUUAAGCAACAAUAACUUUCCUAAAUUUCCUGAAACGAGUUUUUCAUGCUCAAAACACUAAAAAUGUACAUUAACAAUUUACAGUUAAUAGCAACAUCUGGCUCCAGACAAAAUGUCCCCGCUUCCUCUGAUAGAUUUCAGCUGUUCACUGUGUUUUUAUGGAGAAACUGUUUCUAGAAAGAGUUGUUGCUUUUAGGUAUCUCAAAACCAGCUAGAACCCACAGAGACAAAGAGCCUCAACAUCGGCUGUUCACAAGAUGUCUCCAUCAACCUGCUUUCACAGCGGUCGACCCUCAAAUCACUGGGUCACUGCCACGUCACCAAUUUAAUUUAAAACGUGAAAGAAAAGUGCAGGGAUUUAGGAGUUAAAUGUAAGACGGCACGCUGAAAUAGCUCGUUAAAUUGGAGAUUUCUUGCAGGAAAAUACAAACACAAGCCAGUAUCACUCCAGUCAUGAUGAAUGAGCCUGUCUUCAGUGCUUUCCGUCUGCCAAUCCAUCAUGAACGAGGCUCAUGCACGUGAUGGUGUUGUUUCACCCUCAUAGACUGCUGAUAUAUGAGAUUAUUGAUCUCAAAUCAAGGAUGUACACGUUUGGCUUUUGGCUUCAUUCUUAUAUUUUCCUUGUUAAAUUAAACGAUUAAAGAACACAAAGGAAAAGAUCUUUCACAUAAAGUUCUGCUCUUGUCAUAUAACUCAACCUUUUCUCAUGACAUUUUCCUUUUCAUUUCUGAGUCUCCUUCCUGUGAUUCAUCUUUUUUUUGCUCCUCUUCAAAUCUGUCAAAUCAAUUCUUUUUUUUUUUUUUACAGAAACCUAAAGACGACUGAAGAAGCGUAGAGAAGGAAAGGAGGCUUGUCAUUUCUGUGCCCGUUGUGUUUGUAAAAAACAAUGCCGUGAAGUCCCUGUUGUAGUUUCCUGUUUGUGUCGGGUCGGAUUGACGGCUCACGACGCAAACAGACGCUGUUUUUGGUGAACUAUUAAAGCAAACGCUCUGAAUCUGA